UACCCGCUGCCCGAGGAGCCGCGGGACGCCAGCCUGGACCCCAGGCCGCAGGACCUCAACGAGACGGCGCUGCGGGCCCGCCUCGGCGUGCACUUCGACCCCUCCUGCAUGAGCAUCACGCCCGUCGCGCCGGACGGCCGCGGCCACCACGGGGGCGGAGGCAGGGCGCACCCGGGCGGCAAGAGCAAGGGCCGUGCGCACGGCAGACACCACGGCGAGGCGGCGGCCCCGGGCGAGUUCCCCUUCCGGCGCAACAAGCACGGCCGCCUGGUGCCCGUGGGCGAGAUGCCCGAGGCGCUGCACAAGCUCAACCUGCGCUACUUCAAGCUGCCCAACGGCACGCGCGUACGCACCAACUACCCGGCCAAGUUCCGCAAGAAGCUGCAGCACUUCCUGUGGGCGUUCACCGCGUGCCCCGUGGAGCACGAGUGGCGCGACCUGGGCGUGCGCUACUGGCCGCGCUUCCUGCGCCUCGGCCACUGCGCCGCCGGCGCCGCCUCCUGCUCCAUCCCGCCCGGCAUGCACUGCCGCCCCGACGCCAAGGUCGAGAAGAAGCUACUGAGCUGGCGCUGCCUCGGCCGCGCGCCCAGCGACCGCCACUGCCAGUGGAUGGACUUCAGCAUGUUCAUCGUCGAGAGCUGCACCUGCGCCUGCCCCAAGAACGACAGCGCGCACGACUGAGCACCGCCCUCCCGCGUCCCGCACCCCAUACAUCACUCGCACACGUACGGCUCCGCACCAAGUUCGUUUCUCUCCCCUAGAAAAUUCCGAUGAAAACAGCGCUCUGCGCUGCAUCCACAUACCACAUCUCUGCUUUGUACUGGCUGUGAGCUACGUACCAAAUGCUAUCGAUCAAUUGACUUAGACAUUCUCUGUGUUUACCUUUGUAAUACUCGUCCACGACACGCAUUUAACAAUCGAAUCGUUUUCAUUCGCUCGAGCGAGGAAAUUCAGCAGUGAACUGAUAACCUCCUGAUACUCUGCCUUGUUAUCUCCUCACUUGUUGUACCGUAGCUUUCUAACAGGAGUGCCUACCUGUUACUGGUAACACACUAAUAACACAAACUUCUCCUGUACAUCUUCCACGAGUCGAUUCUUGUAUCCAAUCGGUCAUUACAUAUUUCGGUUAUCCAUUACGCCGUAUCGUUGAAAGGAAGCACUCGAACAUACGAGGUAAAUUACCAACCACUAGUCCCUUUAAUAUUGCAUCUCCCCUCCGCCCCCCUCUCUCUUUCUCAUUGUCUCUGUCUUCCUACCUCUCUCAUGAGGAAGACCGCAUCUUUACGGAGAAGCCGAAAGCCGUGUUUCAUUCAUCGCCGAUCCUCUGUAUAUCCCCGAUCCUCUGUAUAUAGUCCCGCCCCUGUCCCGUUGUAAGUAUUACGUUCAGUACACUAACUUAUUCAAAAAAAAAAAAAAACAUUACCUUCUCACAGUGACGCGAACGUCUCGAGCUCGUAGCACGUGAAAUGCUACAACUGCUAGCUUACGUUACAGAGAAGCAGUAGUGACUCAGUCGGUGCAAACAGUGCGAUGUCUUUUCGCGAAUAUGAGGCUACUAUUGAUAGAGGACAUUGCGCUGCGUGGUGUUUCUGACACUGGACGGUGUGUGGCGUGCAGUCGUCUUCCAGCGGGACACGCUCGCUGCCUUCGGGACUGUGACGAAGGCCAGCGCCUUUGCAGAUAAGAAGACAGUGAGCCCUGCCCCCGAGCGACGAGUGCAGUGUAUCCAGGAAAUCUCUAAACUUGCUCUGUCAAAGUGAAACCAGAGUCUUCAGCUGGACUAAUUUUACUACUUUCUACUGUGUAAUUUAUGUACUAUUUACUCUCUGACCCAUGACAAACACGCUGCUGCCGCAGUCUGCCCGCUUGAUUUAGACCUAAUCACGCCGUAGCACUCUGAACUGUCAUGGAUAUGUAUUAAACUACCUGUCGGCGUACAUUGCGGUGCAUUUAACAUCCUUUCCAAUGUUGUACGGUAACCAUUAAUCACACUCGUAAUUUGUAAAAUUAUUCAAGUGAUGGGACUACUUAAACUAAAGUACUAAAAUGCCUGCUAAACGCUGCAAUACCAGCUCUGGUAACCAUUAAGUCAUUCAGCAGCCUUUAAAUGUAGGCUGUGUUGUAUUAGUGGAUGCAGUGCGUCUUCAGUUUGAGUAGUUCACAAGUACAAUCAUCUCAAGUUGUAACAUGCAUCUGGGAACUGUAGCGCAAAGUUUUUCAUAAUAAGUGCAAAUUAGUAAACAUUGUUUUUCUGUUAACCUAAGCUAUAUAGAUUUUUGAGCAAUAAAGUCUCUGUAAUGAACUUACAAGCCAGGGAGGCACAUUAAGACAACGCAAUUCAAAUUCCAAGUGCACUUUGUUGCUUCGGCAAGAGCUUGGAGCAAAAACAAAUGUCUUCCACGUUCAUUUCGACUGAUAUUUGUAGCAAUUCGUGCAUUACAGAUAUAUAGUUUUCUAUGCUACCAUCACAUCUCGCAAUUAUAUGAUAUUCCAUGUAACAAUUCUCAGUCGAGGUACUUUUUACACGUAACUGUCUAUUAAGGGCUACGUUUGCGCACAAUUUAUCUCCACAUAUAAUGUGUAAUUACGUCAGUAUCUUCGGUCUUUUUGAAAAUAUGUGUUAGAACUGCUACUUUGUGUAUUUACCACAUGAUGAUGAUGAGCCGACCGUCAAAGAAAGAGAAGUAUGUGACUGGUAAAGAAAAACACACAUACACACACAUAAACUGUACCAUGCUCGCAGUUAGUGUUUCCUCGGCUGGAGGAUAUGUGAGUUUACACUGUUUCAUUUGCAAAUGUUCUCCAAUCGAAUUAUUGAAAACAUUCCUGUAUUAGUAAUUACUGUAAAUAGUUUAAAUCAGUAAGCUUGAACGUAUCUUUUUAGUUUCAAUGUUCUACUUCUUCAUGUACAAAUUAUGUUAUAGUACUCAAUACCUUUAAGAUUUAUCUAAAUAACAGUCAUUAAGUACGUUGUAAGAUGUGUAUUAUAUACAGCUCGCGCCCUAAUGAUAAAUAUAACAUUGUACAUAGUUACUGUCAUUGUGCUGAUGUUUUAUUAUGUACUUACAGAUACUCCGUAUACAUCCAGUCCAUGUAAACUUACAAGACACGUUUAGUGGUGUACACUAAUUGUAACAUACCAAAGGUUUAAGACACUACUUAAUAUAACUUAUUAA